CGAGCCCUGCCCCGGCGCGUCGUCGAUUCGGGGCCUCGUCUCGUUGCGUUCAGCGCCUUCGCUCUUCGUUCCCUCUCGGCGGCGGCGGCGGCGGCGGAGGAGGAGGAGGGGGAGGAGAUGGCGCACAGGCUGCUGCGGGACGCCCAGGCGGAUGGGUGGGAGCGGUCGGACUUUCCCAUCAUCUGCGAGUCAUGCCUCGGCGACAACCCCUACGUCCGGAUGUUAAGAGCAGAAUAUGACAAAGAGUGCAAGAUAUGUGCGCGUCCUUUUACUGUCUUCCGGUGGCGACCUGGUCGGGAUGCAAGGUACAAGAAGACAGAGAUCUGCCAGACAUGUUGCAAGCUGAAAAAUGUCUGCCAGGUCUGCCUGCUGGACCUUGAAUAUGGUCUACCGGUUCAGGUUCGGGACACAGCACUCACUAUCAAUUCGAAUGAUGCGAUUCCACGGAGUGAUGUGAAUCGUGAGUACUUUGCAGAAGAGCAUGAUCGCAGGGCCAGAGCUGGUAUAGACUAUGAUUCUUCCAAUGGGAAGGCCCGUCCAAAUGAUACCAUUCUGAAGCUUCAGAGGACAACACCAUAUUACAAGAGGAACCGAGCUCAUGUCUGCAGUUUCUAUGUGCGCGGUGAAUGUACAAGAGGUUCCGAGUGCCCAUAUCGGCAUGAGAUGCCUGAAACUGGGGAGUUAUCUCAGCAGAACAUCAAAGAUCGUUAUUAUGGAGUUAAUGAUCCAGUUGCAUUGAAACUUUUGAGUAAGGCUGGUGAGAUGCCAUCACUCGCACCGCCAGAUGAUGAGAGUAUAAGGACCCUCUACAUUGGUGGACUCGAUACCAGAGUAACUGAGCAGGAUUUGAGGGAUCAGUUUUAUGCCCAUGGUGAAAUUGAUUCCAUAAGGAUGGUACUUCAACGUGCAUGUGCAUUUGUGACAUACACUACAAGAGAAGGCGCUGAGAAGGCUGCAGAGGACCUUGCUAACAAGCUAGUCAUAAAGGGUGUGCGCCUGAAGCUCAUGUGGGGCAAGCCGCAGGCUCCAAAGCCAGAGGAGGAUGAGGCUGCGAGGCAAGGGCAUGUUUCCCAUGGAGGAUUGCUCCCUAGGGCUGUCAUAUCUCAGCAGCAGAGCGGUGACCAGCCUCAACCUCCUGGGAUGGAGGGCCAACAGCAACCAGCACCAGCAUCAUAUUACUUCAACAUUCCAGCACCAGCAGCAGCGGAGCGGACUCUGUAUCCUUCCAUGGAUCCUCAGAGGAUGGGUGCUUUGGUCAAGUCACAGGACGGAGAAGGCAAACCAGGGCCACUGCCAGCUGGGCAAUCUCAGCCAUCAAGCAGCUCAGGACAGAGCUAUCCUGCGCCACCGCCAUACUACCACGGCCAGUACCCACCAUACUAUCCACCAUAUGGUGGCUACAUGCCUCCACCUCGCAUGCCAUAUCCACCGCAGUAUCCACCAUAUCAGCCUAUGCUAGCACCACCAGCACAAGCACAAGCUAGUUCGUCCCAACAUCAAGUGCAAGCAGGACAGCAGCCGCCUCAUGGCCCUCCAGUUCAGCAGCAGCAGCCUCAUGGCCCUCCUCCAGCUCAGCAGCAGCCUCAGGGCCCUCCAGCUCAGCAGCAGCCAACUCAGAACUGAAGUCCUUACAAGAUGCUGAAUAUUGCUACUGUUGUAAUUCCUGGAAUCUGCUCUGCAGGAGAAUGUUACUCUUGUUGGUUACCAGCUUCUGUAUUUCCUAAUUUGUGGUUAACAGCGGAACUUAGCAGCAUUGCUUAUCUGAUUUUGAGAUAUACUGGAUUUAUCCUUUCACUAAAUUUUGUGUUGUCAA